CUGAAGACGGACAGCGACUGCACUACUGCUAACCACUCAACCUGAUCAAGCCUGUUCACAAGCCAGCACGGAGUAGGAGGAGACAGGCACCGUAGUGUAAGAGGUGCUGAAAACCUUCUUCGUUGUCUCAAUUCAUUUUCUACGUUUUUGGGAUGAUAAUGCAGGACUGACCAUACUUAAAAACAGACAGCAUUAUUAUUUUGUUUAUUUGGAAUUUAGGUGGAGAGGAGGACCUAUUUUAAAUAUCCGGUUACCAGGAAUAACAUUCAACAAAUAAAAGUGGGAUCUCCACCAGAAUUAGAACAUCUCAGCACCAUGGCACUGCUGGACACAGAGUUUGGGGUGAAGGGCAGCAGCAUCAUCAGGGAGUGGAGUGGACAGGUCCAGCCAGCUCUGGUCGCCUCCUUUGUUUUCCUCUUCUGUCUAGAAGCCUGUCUAUGGGUCAGGAAUCUCAGACUCAAGAGAAGGCUGCCAGGACCCUUUGCCUGGCCGGUGGUGGGCAAUGCCAUGCAGCUGGGGCAGAUGCCUCAUAUCACCUUCUCCAAGCUGGCAAAGAAGUACGGCAACGUGUAUCAGAUACGACUGGGCUGCAACAACAUAGUUGUGCUCAAUGGAGACACAGCAAUACGAGAAGCUUUGGUUCAACACAGCACAGAGUUUGCAGGCAGACCCAACUUUGUAUCUUUUCAGUCAGUGUCUGGUGGUAACAGCAUGACAUUCUCUAACUACAGCAAACAGUGGAGGACUCACCGGAAGAUCGCUCAGUCCACCAUUAGAGCUUUCUACUCUGCCAACAGCCAGACCAAAAAAGCAUUUGAACAGCACGUUGUGGCAGAGGCUACUGAGCUCAUUGAAGCUUUCCUCAAACUCAGUGCUGAUGGACAGUUUUUCAACCCUGCUCACGAACUGACAGUAGCUGCUGCUAAUGUAAUCUGUGCCCUGUGCUUUGGAAAGCGUUAUGGCCAUGAUGACAUGGAGUUUAGAACCCUUUUGGGCAGCGUGGACAAGUUUGGAGAGACGGUGGGGGCUGGCAGCUUGGUGGAUGUCAUGCCCUGGCUUCAAUAUUUCCCAAAUCCUGUCCGCAGUGUCUACCAGAGCUUCAAAGACCUCAAUAAAGAGUUUUUCACCUUUGUGAGAGACAAGGUGAUGGAGCACAGGGAGACAUUUGACCCUGAAGUGACUCGGGACAUGAGUGACGCCAUUAUUCAGGUAAUUGACAAGGCAGACAGUGAUACCGGGUUGACGGAGGCCCACACAGAAGGGACAGUGUCCGAUCUGAUUGGUGCGGGACUGGAUACUGUGUCAACUUGCCUUCAUUGGAUGCUCCUUUUAUUGGCAAAAUACCCCAACAUCCAAACCAGACUGCAGGAGCAGAUUGACAAAGUGGUAGGCCGUGACAGGCUGCCCUGUAUUGAGGACAAAGCCAGCCUGGCUUACCUAGAUGCUGUUAUCUAUGAGACCAUGCGCUAUACCAGCUUUGUACCCCUCACCAUCCCACACUCCACCACCUCAGAUGUCACCAUCGAAGGCUUCCACAUCCCCAAAGACACAGUGGUCUUCAUCAACCAGUGGUCUGUCAACCACAACCCUUUAAAGUGGAAGGACCCACAUCUUUUUGACCCCUCACGGUUCCUCAAUGAAAAUGGUGCCCUUGACAAGGACCUGACCAACAGUGUGUUGAUAUUCUCAGCAGGGAAGAGGCGAUGUAUCGGUGAGCAGAUCGCCAAAGUGGAGGUUUUUUUAUUUUCUGCUAUUUUGAUUCACCAGUGCAGCUUUGAGAAUAACCCAAGUCAGGACCUCUCCCUAGACUGCUCAUAUGGGUUAACACUGAAGCCCCUGAACUACAAGAUCUCUGCCAAGCUCAGAGGAGAAUUACUUAAUGGGGCAUAAAAUCUUGUGAUUUGUGUUUAGUAACAGAGCACCCACUAAUGGACUACAGUAAUCCAAUGCACUAUAAAAGGUAUGUACACAACAGUGAAUGUUUUGCUUGGUAGGUACCAACCAUAAGACUUAUAUUGAUACUUAUAUUGAUACUUUACUAUUAUUAUCAUUAGCUAAACUGAUUGUUGAUUGUAUAAAUCCCUUUUUGUGACAGAUAACUGAAUCAUGUUUGUUAUUUGUAUUAUUUUAUUGCACUGGCUAUACAGUUGAAGUCGGAAAUGUACAUACACCUUAGCCAAAUACAUU